AUUGGCUUAGAGGGAUCAUCCGCUAGCUUGCUUCAACUCAUUCAUGUUCAGCAACUCCACGAAACGCGUUUUUGUCACAGGUUAUUUGAAAAUUUAGCUAAAGAUGCAGAGGCAGGCCUGGGAAGCAGUAAGACACACCAACACCCAGUUGUGCCAUCAUGGCAGGGGUGUCCCUUGGCAAAAAGUUGCUCAGAAACGUCAUCCGCCACACAGACAUACACAACAAGAUUCAGGAGGAGUCGGAGAUGUGGAAGCUGAGAGGCCGGGAGAAGCACGUGCCGCAGACCGAUACCUCCAGCCGCAAACCAGCCUCUGCUGCCAGAGGCUACAUGCACUGCGACCGCUAUGAGGACGACUCGUCGCCGUCGCGUGACAGAGGAGGAGUCCGAGAUCGCCUGUCAGAGAGACACGAGAGGGGAAAACAACUCUCCGACAGAGACGAGCGGGAGGCACGCUACUGGACACGAAAGCUCUAUGAGUUUGAGGCCAAUGAUCCAGACAGGUGGGGCCACAGUGGUUUUAAGGAACUCUACCCUGAGGAGUUUAAAUCAGAUGGUAGGGGUGAGAGCAGCGGAGACGACAACGUCCGACACAAGAAGAAGAAGUGCAAGAGCAGCCGCGAGGCUGACCACAGAAAGCACUCCAGCAAGUCCUCCAAGAAGAAGAAGAAGAAGAAAAAGGAGAAGAGGAAACGGAGAGUGGAGACGUCGGACUCGGACUCCGGAGACUCGGACGGCGAAGCACGCAGGAAGAGGAGGAGAGAGGAGAAGAGGAAGGUGCGUCGGAAAGAGAAGAGAGAGGAUGAGAGCAGCUCGGAGGAGAGAGAAAGCGAGGGAGAGGGAGCGAGGGAGAAACGUGCAGGCAGCCGCAGAAAGAGGCACAGACACAACUCGGACUCCCACCAGGAGCGGCCCAGGAAGAAGAGAAAGAACUGGAAGUCUGCGGACGGGGAGAAGUCAGAUGAGAGCUCCGACGACUGAGUCUGUUUCUCUUUCACACACACACGCCCACACGCCUGUGUCCUAGCUCAGAGGCAUAGUUUAAUGUGUGUUAACACCUGAUGACUUCAGCAGCUGUGACAACAAGGCUUGUUUCAUCCUCAGACACACAGACACACACACACACACACACAGACAAUGUGUCUCUCCCUCUCAUCACUCCCUGUUCUGACACAUGUGGACCUGAUCAAAGCAGUUGUAUUUUUAAAGAUUUUUUGUUUUUUGUAAGUUAUUUUUGUGCUUGUGAUAAAUCAUGAACAAGACACCCAAAGGAAUCUACCUCAGCAGUCCAGAGUGGGGAGGAUUUGCAUGGGACAUCCAGACAGUCUAUAGUGAAAAUGGGACAUUCAGCCUCCCUAUGGUUUUCAAGCAAAAAUGGGCAUCAAAUAAUGUAUCAGCCUGGUGUGGCCACCUACAAAUGAAAGUCAAAUAAAUCACAGCAUAUUUUUACAGCUA